AUGUCUGCCCUUCUCAGAACGUCUGUUGCUCGCGCGGCACUUCGUGCAACUCCGGCCUCGCGUCGGUCCCUCGUGACGCUCAAGGAGCGCCUUUACGAGGUCGAGGGCAUUGCGGACUCUGCCGGCCGCAACGGCACAGUUACCAGCCCUCAGUCGAAAAGCCUGACUCUGAAGAUGAGCACACCCAAGUCCCUCGGAGGCGCGGAGGACGCACACAACCCUGAACAGCUCUUCGCCAUGGGCUACGCCGCUUGCUUCUCGGGUGCCCUCAACCUCGUUGCUGGCCAACAGGGCAAGAAAGACGCCGUGAAGAACGCGAAGAUCCAUGUCACAGUAGCACUCGGCAAGCGCGCAGACGCCGAGGGCUUUGGCCUUGAAGCCGAUAUCAAGGUUACGGGAGUCGAGGACAAGAGCCUGGUUGAGAAGGCUCAUGAGGUCUGCCCUUACUCCGUGCUGAUGCGCGAGACCUGCAAAUCAACGCUUCACCUGUGA